UAACGCGACCGAAGAUUCUAAUAACGAAAGGAGAAGAGCAGAGAGUAACGCGUCACGUGCAUAUAUGGAGGAUGAGUUUAAUGUGUCGAAAAAGUCUAAACAAGCUUCGUUGCCAAACAACUUAAAAACGGAAACCAAUAAUUCCACUAUCAUAGUAAUUGAUGAUGACGAUGAUUACAUACUGCCACUACAAAUUAUUCCUAGCAUUAUUGAAGAUGAUGAAGACGACCAUCUAUUGUUAAAUAACGAUCCUGAUGCGGCAUUUGCAACAAGUGUGUUGGAGAACGAUCAAAG